UAACUAGAAAUAUAAUCGAUAAUCGUUGUCAUGUAGUGUCGCAUGUCGCAGCCUUGCAAAACACUUGAUAUAUGUAAUCUGUGAUAUUUAUUCUUCAACAUGUCUGCUACGACUAUGCAUAAAUUUAUAACUUUUAUAGGAACUAUGUCUAUAUUACAUGCGGCUUAUUCCGCCGCCCAACAUCGAUCCUAUUUGCGAAUCACCGAACAGGAAUUUACUACUUUACCAAUUGAUAUUUUAAUUCAAGGUAUAAUUAGUUUAUUUAUCGUCAUGUAUGGUGUUAUGUACAUUGCUGGUGAUUUUAAAGAAAUUCGAGCGGUUGUUGAUUUGGAGAAUAAAUCUUGGGAAACACUGCGAAAUUUACCAUCCUUUCAAGUAUUUAAUCAUCGUGGGAGAUCUCUUUCACCAGAGUACAUUCCAGAAUAAAAGUUUUUUUUAUAUUAAAUUAUUGAAAAAUAUAAUAAAUGUAUAGAUUUAGUUGUUUUGUUUGUUGAAUCUUUUAAUUUUUUCAGCUGAAAUUUAUAGAAAUUUAUCAAUACUAAAAAUUCUAUUCACACAAUGAUGUAUUAAAAUAUAUCUUUUAAAAAAAGACAAUCUAUAAGAAGUAAACAAAAGAACAUUUGU